CUUUCGGUAUUUUGUCAAAAAUCCACAAAGAAAAAUCAUUUAAACUAUAGUUUCUACCUUUUCAAAUUUUCCAAUAUGUUAACUGUCUUAAUUAGGUUGUGAGAUGUGUUUUGUUGCUAAUUCUUUGUGUAUAAUUUUCGCCACUAAAUAUACUAUUUUUUGUCUCUUCUAUCUCUUAAAAAAGCGGGUUUUAGCUCUCGAUAUAUCGACAGUAUCAAACUACAGACCCUAUCAAAACAUUUUGCCUCUGUUCUUUUUUGUUUCAGCUUUAUAAAAUACUUUUAUAAAUUGUUUCCAGGAAUAGAUCAAAAAAUGAUAGGGGAAAUUCUUUUAUAUCUGCAAUAUACUUGAGAAAUAUUGCCGAUUACAACAAAACAACAAAUAGAAGAGGAUUGUGUAGGUGGCUUAGAGGAUUCAGGCACCAGAAAUUGAUGUGUUUGAAUAAGAAAGGUUUAGCUGAAUUGCUGCAAGAUUAUAUAAAAUUGACCGUAGAAUCAUGUAUACACCAGUUUCAAUAUGAACAAUGGGCUUGUCUUCGCCAGAGAAAAUUUUUCAGGAAAAUUUAUAGAGAAACGGCUUUGAUGUAUUCAUUGUCGACGUCAGCUUACAUGUACUUGGUGGCAAAAGCUUGUGCAGCUGGUAAAUUAGAAAACUGCAAGUGUGCUAGUCAUGGAAAGUCUGAUAAUUCUUCUAAUUGGCAAUGGGGUGGUUGCGGAGAUAAUACAAAAUUCGCGAGGAAUUUAACCUACAGAUUUUUUCAACUAAGAAAGAAAGGUGACAUGAAUCAAAGUCUUCUCAGACAUAAUAGUGAAAUUGGGAUAAGAGUUGUCAUGAAAAAUGAAGAGAUAGUUUGCAAAUGUCAUGGAUUAUCCGGUUCCUGUACUUACAAAACUUGUUUCAAAAAAAUUCGUCCUUUCGAAAAUAUUGUGAAAGAACUAAGAAACCACUACCAUAAUGCCAUCAAGGUAGAAUCAAGUAAUAACUAUCAACUACACAAGAAAGGAAACAGGAAAAAUUUGUUGUAUCAAGAAAAUAGUCCGAACUUUUGCCCCUCGACAGUAGGAAGACGAUGCGAGGAUGCAGGUAACUGCGAUACGUUAUGUUGCGGUAGAGGAUUUUCUACCUUAACUAAUAAAGUGAAAGAAAAUUGUAAAUGUAGAUGGCGCAACGAUAGUUCUUACCAAUUAACUUGUCAGCAAUGUGAGAAAGAACAACUGAUUUAUAUUUGCCAAUAACUUUUGUGAUUUUUGUACCAACUGUAAGUUUUUAAAUUAAACAAAAUUUUAUUUGAA